AUGAAGAAAAAGAAAGACUCUGCUGUGAAGAAGAGAGAUGCCGCAGCGAAGAAGAAGAAAGACGUGGUGAAGAAGAAGAGAGAUUCGGCGAAGAAGAGUGAAGUCGUGGUGAAGAAGAGGAAGCUCGACAAUGGUGUUCAUGAUGGGUCCUCGUCAAAUCCAACCAAACAGGCUAGGAACCGCAAGAGAGAAACCACAUCUCCAUCGGACCUUCAAGGCGGUCUUUCCCAGAAACCAUCAAUGGCUUCACCAUUUAAGCCCAUGUCGAAAAUCUCAAACCUAGACUAUGUUGCCCUUAAUCUCUCCGGAGACAACUAUUUGCAAUGGGCACUUGACACAAAGAUUAACUUGGGGUCAAAGGAACUCGGUGAUGCUAUCAUCGAGGGCAACAAUGAGACUGAUAAGAAUCGGUACAGGGCUAUAAGUAUUAUACGCCACCAUCUCAUUGAGGGUCUAAAAGAUCAGUACCUCACCAUGGAGAAUCCACUAGACCUUUGGACCGUUUUACAGCGACGAUAUGAUCACCAGAAAAUGGUGCUAUUACCAAAGGCUAAACAUGAGUGGAAGAAUCUCAAAUUCAUGGACUAUAAGUCUAUGGAUGAAUACAAUUCAGUAUUGUUUAAGAUAGUCUCAAUGAUGAGACUUUGUGGUGAGGAAGUAACCGAGAAAGAGUUGCUUGAUAAAACAUUCUCCACGUUUCAUUCGACGAACGUGUUGCUGCAACAGCAUGAGAUGAGACCCAUCGGAACAGCAUCAUUACCAGAAGCCAAUGAGGCUGAAAAGAAAGAUCCCAAAGAGUGCAACCACGUCCAUGAUGAUAAGAGAUCACACGGCAAAGGCCGUAGUAGAAACAAAGGACGUGGCCGUGACAACUACUCAUAUGGCCGGCUAGGAAACCACAAUAACCGUGGUCGUGGUUCCAGCUAUGGUUGUGGCCGAGGCAGUUAUGGCCGUGGUCGAGGCGAGAGCCUUAAGAACAAGAACCCGGAAGCCCAUAUGGUUCAUGAUACCGGGUAUGUUGCUGAUGAUGAUUCCAACCUUGAAAAGGACGACCUCUUGGAUUUUGAGACUUCUGAUUGUCUCAAAGACUAA